UCGCCAAGUUAUAAAUAACAUUUCUCUCAUCUUAGCUAAGACAUGCCAGGUGCGGAACAUCAGUGUUAGUGCAAAUCUAAACAAGCCACAAACUGCACGAAACAAACAUUUGGAAUAUGCCGCUCAAGAAUUGGAUAAUUGCUUGUGCAUUUGCAACCAGUGUUCUCGCAACAGCAAGGCCCAUUGCAACGCCAGUCAACUCGUUUGAGAGAAUGAUGUUCGAGGAGGGGGUGUGUGAUGUGAUAAAGAGCAGAAAGAACUGGCCAUACUUGCCCCAGCAAUGUUGUGGGACCGCCGACCGUACGUUUGCCAUUUCUCCAGUCGUCAACUCAACAGAGACUCCGCUGGAAGAUACGCCUCUGAUUAUUACAUGUGCUUCAAUUAGUUACGUUCCUCAUUUGCUACCAACCGCCACCAAGAAAAUGUCGUUACGAGGAACAUCGAUCCGGCAGCUUGAUCAGCAGUCGUUCAACAAAAGCAGUUUGGAAAACUUCAUAACAUUCUCCCUCUCUGAUGAUGAUGUCAUUGAAAGCAUCGGUGCUCGAACCUUCAUAGGUUUAAACAACCUUCGCCGAAUAUAUCUCGAAAACCUGAAGAACCUAAUGUUUAUAUCCGAGUCUGCGUUUUCCGGCCUCCCGCGGUUAGACCGAAUAGUCAUUAAGGGAACGGAUAUUGGCGUGGUUCAAGGCUUCACCGAGCUCUGGGGACCGACGGAAAACGCAGUUACCAUAGAACUUUCGCACAAUCCGUCGUUGGCGAAAAUUCAAUCCAGGGCGUUUCGUAACUUGACAGAAAGAGUGACCGAGCUAAGAGUAACCAUGAAUCCAAACCUGCGCACCGUUGAAGAUUUCGCUUUCGCUGGAAGUCGCAUAUAUGACUUGUAUUUGGACGGCAAUGGAUUGCUUACGGAUCUACAGUCAUUCGCUUUUGCAGGAAUGAAGAAUCUUCGCUACCUUUCAAUCGCCAAAACUUCUGUUAUGCGCUUGCCAACGAUCGGUCUGGAAAAAAUGCAAGAACUAAACGCUUUCGACACGCCGUAUAUGAUACGAUUCCCGACAUCGGAUAAAUUGCCUUCGCUUCACAAAGCAGUUUUGACAUACCCCUUCCACUGUUGUGCGCUCACGAACUACGGAUUCGGCGAAAUAUUUCAAAACGAUGAAACAAACCAGGAUGAAGAACUUGUAGAUUGCGCUGCAGACGACGAACGAACAUCACCUGAAAUUCCACAACAGAUUCAACCACCGGUAAGUUCCGAAGGGUUUGUGGACUCUCCUACACUUGUGGAACCGACGGUCGGAGACGUGGAGGCAAAUUAUUACCAUGUUGAAGAAUAUGACUAUGCAUAUUAUAACGACAGCUUUGACGACAGUAUUCAGUACAUUCCUCUGCCAACCGAUGGCGAGGAGCAUGAGGUUCUGCCUGAAGUCCCAACCUCCAGUGAGGACGUGAACGGUUUAAGCGCCGUCAACCCCCCUGAUGGCUCAUGGGUUGCAUCGCAUAACAGUUUCGGAGGUCUUCCAGUUGCAACAGGCCAUGCAAUUCAUCCGAACGUAACCACACACCCAUGGAAUAGCUCGACACCGCGGGUAAUCUCACUUUGUCGCCGUGAUAAAUCCGGAAAACUUGUUCCCAAAAUGCACGAGGCGCCGAUCCAUUGUGUACCUGUACCUGACCUCUUUAAUCCUUGCGAAGAUUUACUUGGCAGCACAGGCAUCGUGGCUGUGUCAUGGAGUGUAGCUUGUCUUUCCGUAAUCGGGAAUUUCUUCGUCAUUUUUAUGCUGCUUGCCGUAGCGUGCGACCGAACACGGGCCCAACAGCGUCAUCUCUCGGUUCCAAAAUUCCUCAUUCUAAACUUGGCGAUCGGCGAUUUUUUCAUGGGAAUCUACCUGUUUACUCUUACCGCUAUGGACAGCAGAAGUUCGGGCAACUACUACAAGUUCGGUGUUGAGUGGCAGACUGGUGGAGGAUGUGACGUGGCGGGAUUUAUUGCAAUUUUCGCAUCUCAACUAUCGGUGUUUACAUUAAGCGUCAUCUCCCUUGAAAGAUGGUACGCAAUCCGGUACGCCAUCCAACUAGACAAGCGCAUGACGUUGCGUUGUGGGCGCAUAGUGAUGUGUGUUGGUUGGAUAGUCUCAAUAAUCCUUGCUGCCCUGCCUCUAAUGAAAGUAAACAGCUACCGGAAAACAGCUAUAUGUUUGCCAAUGGACGUUCAAGAACUGUCGGGCAAAGUUUACGUGGCUGUGCUGUUGUCUCUCGACAUAUGCGCGUUCAUGGUAGUAGUAGGUAGCUACUUGUGGAUGUACGCCAUUGUACGCUCAGCUAAUGGUACAGGACGAAGUUUAAGAGAUCUGUUCCGACUUAAAGAACGAAAGCAAGCAGACGAACGACCACGACAUAACCACAACAACGACGGUUGCUUCGGCGUGAUGGACAGUCGCAAAACCGAUGCCCGUGUGGCGAAACGGAUGGCAGUUCUUGUGUUCACCGACUUCGCUUGUUUCUUCCCAAUCUGUUUCUUCUCGUUGUUCGCACUUGCGGGACUUCCCCUUCUCUCCAUGUCAACGGCGAAAGUUCUGCUUAUCACGUGUUUCCCCUUCAACGCGUGUUGCAACCCGUUUCUGUACGCCAUUUUGACGAAGUCGUUCAGAAACGACGUGAAGAUGUUCAUUAAGUCGCAGCGUCCGAAUGCCUUCGGUGUUCGGCGACAGAAGACGUCGCAUCGGAGAGAGAAAAGAUCGGAUGGUGGGAGUCGGCAGGAGGAAAGACGAAAAACCAUCCAAGUUUACGUUGAUUACGAUGCAGAGCACGCUAACGGUGGCGAAGGGGUCUUCGUUUCUGUGGAACAAAAGCCUUCUCCCGACACGAAGAAAAGUUUCAGCUGCAAGUUUUCUGCUAAGCAGGCGUCGUGCAGUUUAUCGUUUAAGAAAAAAUCGACGCUAGAGCAGCUUUCGCCCAAAAGGGAGCCCCUGAAAAGCGGCUCACCGUCGAAUCACAAUAAUAAUAACAGCGCAAAGGACAAAACUGUUAUAACGAAUCGAAACAGCGAUUAUGCUGGGGACAGCGGUGCAAAGGGUCUCUCCAAAAGCCUGGCUGUCCUCGCCGCUUUCAGUCGUAUUCGACUCUCAAUGUUUCGUAAAAGGAAUGCAAGUACUAACGAUGCACCACCCGUCACUGAAACGACGCGUCAGACGAGUUUCGAAACGCAAGUUUCGGCAGACGGCGGAGUUGCCCUUUGCGAGAAAACCGAUUCCGAUUCGAGCGAAAGCGAAAUUAUUGUGAGUAAAGUGAUCGACUUCGUCGUAGCUGAAGCAUCAAUGGCGAGUCUGUCAUCACACAGCGACCAGGACUGUUUCACGUAGUCUACCAACGACGACCUGCUGGCGUGAUGGAUAAUUGUCGAUUUUAUCGUCCCCGCAAAAAGCAGCAGUUCUAAUUUUGCCAGUAUUUUUCUAAUCAUAUUAUUUUGUUCACCUCAUUCGUCGGUCAACUUUUUCUUUUUAGAUCACAUGAAAAUUUGUUGCUUUUCUGUACUCUCGUUUCUUACAUCUCGUCCAUUUACUUCUUGUGUAUAUCAUUGUGUUUCACUUAUCGUAUCUCACUUACUGAUAAAGAUGUAAAAGUAAAGCCAGAACAAAACUAUUGGAGUUCAUAUUUCCACCAUUUUAUCUGCUUUCCGAUGCUAUUUCCUUCUGUUUUAUUCAGGAUUACGUACAAUGGUACACCACAGACACAAGGAACUCAAUUAAAAGUUCACUGCCGCAUAUAUUUCGUUAUUUUACUUCUUGUUAUAAAUAUUGCAAUAAACUCUUAAAACGAA